UUUCAACGAAACGAGACGCGUUCGGAAUCCACGCACGUCGUCCUAACCAGAAGACACAAGAGCAAAAAAGGGCAAAGAAUUGUGUUGAAAAUUACAUUGGAACCAACAACCAAAACCGUGUGUGUGUCUACUGUGUGCAGUCUGUUUUUCGGGAAACAAAUUUGGAACGUUUAUGAAAUUUGGAACGCGACGUGCGUAACAAAAGUUGUUUUUUGAAAGUUUGCUCCUUCGGUGGAAUUGUGGGAUCGCGCGCGGCCCACAAACCUUUCUGUUUUCGAGACGACGAGGAAAAUCGUAGUAGGCCUGCUAACUGUGUGUUACAACAAUCACAUCAAAUUGUAAAAAGGUGGGAGGGAUUGUGUGAAUGUGCAUGAAGAUCAGAGCAGGCUUUGUUACAGGAUUCCGGAAAUCCACUGGCUGGACCGAUUCGAUCCGGAAUUCGGCGACAGUAUUCGAAAGAACCGAAUAGUGUGACCGGAAAAUGGUUCCCGGGACAAAGUGUUGAAACAGGGGUCAAAAGCUGAAAAUUAAGGGAGAAAAUCGGAUUACAGAAAAAAUGGUGGCGCAGCAGCAAGUCUGUUGAAUGAAAAUCUUCCUCUAAUAGUGUUUGUGAUAUUUUCAUGUGUUUAAUUUCAGUCGGGAACUUUUCACAAAUUUUGUGUGUAUGCGUGUCAUUCCUCGUCAAGUUUUGAGGUCGGCUUUUGUGAUUUGGGCUAGUGUUGGUGCCAGCGAAGCAAAUUGUGUGUAAUAAUAACAACAACAGUCCCACAACGGCAUAAAAAAGAAGAAUAAUAACAGCGGCAGCAGCAACAAAAUCAACAACAAAACGACAAACGGGGAGCCAGCAGCAAAAAAGAAGUGAAAUCCGCUAGCUGCACCAACUACCUACUCUGAAUAACAACUCCGCGGUUCGGGGCCGAUUUUCUGUGCUGGUGCUGUGCUCAAAGUCAGUCUGCUCAACUCAAGUGUGUGAUGGAAGAAGAAAAAUAUAACGAAAUAAAAUAAAAUAAAACAUACGCAAAAUAAGGCUAUCGGACCGACGGAUUUCACCAAACAAUCGAAUCGAGCACCCCGAACACACCGAGUGCUGAUUGUCCAAGUCAUUUGUUUCAUUCGUGGUUGAGUGACAUGUGUGAAACUUUAAGAACUAAAUCAAAAAUAGAUCCUGAUAAAAUGACUAAUAAAAACUCCAUUCUCAAUAACAUAUUAUUCAACAAAAACUGUGCACCUGUAAAUAAACAUAAAAAUGAGUGUCGUAGUUUGUGCUAGUUCCAAGUGAAUGUUACCCGAAGAAGUCGCCCAGAGUCUUCUACAUGAAUUAUUCAGUAGCGCCCCCUUUCAAAUCCUAUGAACUGUUCGUCUUGUACUUCCCCCAAUAUCUCGAGGGCGGUGAUUCCGAAUUCCCAACCAGGCGACGUGGCCGCAAAUGAAAGCGUCCCAACGUUGCCAGCGUCCAGAUUACGACUCAUCCGGUCCCCUCGGACCUCAAUCGUCGUCGACGUCGUCCGGUUGCAUCGCCAACAACUGCAACUGCAGCAACGGACCCCGGAACCGGAAGUGUUACGGAAUAGUGAGCAAGUAAUUUUCCAAGGACAAUUCCGAGAACAAAUCCUAGAACAGCCGGAACGGAACCGGUGUCGAAGAAGCCCACCAAGAAUUAGCCAAGACUUCGAGGCUGAGGAUGCAUUAAUUGGCGACACUGCCGGCGUCGUUGUUCUCGUUGCCCCCUCUGAGUCUCAUUCUCAAGAAGAACGUCGUAGCCGUCGUCGAGUUCCCCAAGAACCACAACAACAGCUGGACGGAAAUCAAGUGACCGAUACCCAGUACCCAUCGAGUUCUGGAAUAGUGCGACAUCAUUACCAUCAAUCGUCUUCGUACGAAAAAGCGGGAACCUUAAGUAACGAGGCUCUGCGGUUUGCGGCCGCCCGUAGUGCCAGUUCCUCUGAGUUGCCUCAUCGAAGACGCCAGGCGGCAGCAAGUCCGGUCCAGAAGAACUAUCUGCUGCGACGCAGCUCCCCGUCUUCACCGACUGUCAUCUACGACGAACGAACUUUGCCAAAUCCGUCGUCAUCUUCAUCCGCGUUGCGCUAUGAUGGUGGAUUGAGUUCUCACCGGCAGCAGCAGAAUCAUCAUCAUCAUUAUCAGAAGCAGCAACCCUCGUCGAAUCUUCCUCACGACGGUCACUUGAGCCAUUCCGCUGCGGCAAGUUCUGAGAACAGCAGAGCUGCCAUCAACGGCAAUCAGCAGCAACAGCAAACAACCGGUGUUGCUGGACACAUCAAAUAUCCGCCGUCAUCAUCCGGCUCACUACUUAAGACAUCUUCGUCGGCGGCAGUUUUCGGAGCAUCAGCAGCAGCAACAACAACAACAGUAGCAGUUGCAGCGGUCCCGGCCAAACGAAGAAGAGAAACAGCCGAGUGCGACUGUGGCUGUGUCGAGAGUGCCACAAUUGUGGUGACCACCGGAACCCUUGGGCCGGCGGCUGUCCCAAGCAGUAGCAACGCCCAAAAUAGCCGACCGAAGGACGAUCCCCGGAACCCACCGGUAAUCCACCUUCAACAACAAAGUGACGGCAACAGUCACGGCGACAGGAACGGCGGCAGCAACUCUGGCAUCGGCAUCGGCGUCGGCUGCGGGGCAGGAAGUGGAGCUGGAGCUGGACCAGGACCAGGUGCAGCAGCCCUAGUUGCGGGUUCCUCGGGGGCUAUGGGAGCCCCAUCGAACGGCACCAAGACGGCACACUCAAAGGUCGCAACCGGGGGCGGAGGUCAUGCCAAUACCCAGACCUCCAGCAAGCGGUCCAGCAGCGGCGCCGAUGGGGACUACCAGCUGGUGCAGCACGAGGUGCUCUACUCGCUGUCGGCGCAGUAUGAGGUGCUGGAGUUCCUGGGCCGGGGUACCUUCGGGCAGGUGGUGAAAUGCUGGAAGAAGGGCACCAGCGACAUCGUCGCCAUCAAGAUCCUCAAGAAUCACCCGUCGUACGCGCGGCAGGGCCAGAUCGAGGUUUCGAUCCUGAGCCGGCUCAGUCAGGAGAAUGCCGACGAGUUCAACUUUGUGCGAGCGCUCGAGUGCUUCCAGCACAAGAACCACACCUGUCUGGUGUUCGAGAUGCUGGAGCAGAACCUGUACGACUUCCUGAAGCAGAACAAAUUCUCGCCGCUGCCGCUCAAGUACAUCCGGCCGAUCCUGCAGCAGGUCUUAACGGCUCUGCUUAAACUCAAACAACUCGGUUUGAUUCAUGCCGAUUUGAAACCAGAGAACAUCAUGUUGGUGGAUCCGGUUCGGCAACCGUACAGGGUGAAGGUGAUCGACUUCGGUUCCGCCUCGCACGUCAGCAAAACCGUGUGCAAUACGUACCUGCAAUCGCGCUACUACCGGGCCCCAGAAAUCAUCCUCGGCCUUCCGUUCUGCGAAGCCAUCGACAUGUGGUCCCUCGGGUGCGUCGUGGCAGAACUGUUCCUCGGGUGGCCCCUGUAUCCCGGCUCAUCCGAGUAUGAUCAAAUCAGGUACAUAUCGCAGACACAGGGUCUCCCGACCGAGCACAUGCUGAACAGUGCGAGUAAGACGGCCAAGUUCUUCUACCGGGACGUGGACUCGACCUAUCCAUUCUGGCGGUUGAAAACGCCGGAGGAACACGAGGCCGAAACGAACAACAAAAGCAAGGAGGCUCGGAAGUACAUCUUCAACUGCCUGGACGACAUCGGUCAGGUGAACGUGCCGACGGACAUCGAGGGCGGGCAGCUGCUGGCGGAAAAGACUGAUCGGAGGGAGUUCAUAGAUCUGUUGAAGCGGAUGCUGACGAUUGAUCAGGAACGAAGGAUAACACCGGGUGAGGCGUUGAACCACCCGUUCACGACGUUGGCACAUCUGGUUGACUAUGCCCACUGCAACAAUGUUAAGGCGUCCGUUCAGAUGAUGGAAGUGUGCCGGAGAACGGACUCGAUGAUUCACACUUAUAAUUUAAGCGUUCAACCAACGACGGCAACGUUGGUGACGAACUUUGUCCCGAACGCUACGGAGAAUAUGACCAUUACGUUCAACAACCAGGGGCCACGAAUAGUGAGGGAAAGGGCGCCCACGUACGAUAACCAUCUGUACCAGAUAUAUCGGGGUCGUAACGUGAGUGGCCAGUAUGGCAAUGGGCGGCCGGAUGCUUUCCAGCAUCAGCUAGUUUCCAGUAUCCUCUGCCCGCCGGGAUAUCAGGCGAUGCCUAGCCCUACCAAGCAUGUCGUUGUAGGGGGCACUUCGAUGCAACCACCCCUGCAGGUCCCACCGCAACAGUACGUCAAUGUUCCUGUUCCCGUUUCCAUGGUCGAACCCUCGUCCGGGCAGCGGAUGCUGCUGACCAAUGCAGUUCAGCCGAACGUGGCCUGGCCCCAGAGCGGGCGCCAGGUGGCUAUCGUGCCAUCGUGGUCCCAGCAAACUGGACCGCACUCACUGAUCGUAGACUCGGCGCCGUUCCUGAAUGUGGAAGAAAUCUACCCGAAGCCGCAUUUGAAUAUUCAAACCAGGCACGACCCGAAGAAGGAAUCGCCGGUGCAUCAUUUAGUCGUUUCUCGACACGACAAAAAGGAGAAUAACCAGCUGUCGCCGGUUAAGAAGCGCGUCAAAGAAAAUACUCCGCCGCACCAGCAGAGGUACAACAACCGAACGCACAUGUGCCAGCAGUAUCACGACGGGUCGUCGUCCUCGUCUUCGUUUUAUCAUGGUGGAGGCAGUAGCAGCAGUAGUAAUCAGCUACAGCUCCAACAACAGCAGCAGCAAGCCCAACAGCUGCAACAGCAACAACAACAGCAGCACCACCAUCACCAAUCUUCGUCUACGUCAUCUUCGCAACAGCAACAGUCUCAACUACAGCAGGCUAGCAGCAGUAGCAGCAGUCACCAUCACCAUCAGCACUAUCAGCAGCACCAGAUGGAUCCACCACUGAGCGGUGGCAUCAGCGGAUCUAACAAUGUACAAAUGCACCAUUCGUCGUCGUCUUCGUAUGGUGGCGGAAACGGUGGCAGUAGUUCUAUGAUGAUGGGAACCACCCAUCACGGAUCAUCCGGCAGCAGUGGACACCAUCACGGAAGCAGUAGUCACAUACAUCAUAGUCACGGCGGCGGCCACAGUAGUAAGCAGCAGACGAUCACCAUACACGAUACUCCUUCGCCAACGGCAGUCAUUACAAUCUCGGACAGCGAAGAUGAGAGUCCAGAUGUAAAGAAACAGUCGUCCGGAGUGUCCAAAUCAACGCACCACCAGUCCACAAGCAUGUGUGGUGGCGGUGUAUCGAACAGCCACAUACGAGGCAGCAGUUCGUCUAGCACAUCGAACCAAUGUCGAGCCAACAUGGGCAUCGGUGUCGGAAAUUCUAGCAGCAGUAGCAGCCAAACCAGUUGCGGAAUCAAAUCUUCAUCGUCAUCAAAUAUUCAUCAUUCAUCUUCAUCCUCUUCGCUGGCUGGUCCACAACAGCUUCCACACAAUAGUGGAAGCAGCAGCAGCUCUCAUCACCAUUCAUCAUCACAGUAUCAUAUGCAACACGCCCCUGCACCCUUGCCUCCACAUAUCCAGCAACAACAACUCCAACAACCACCCCAUCAAUCUCAGCACCACCCGAGUGUCAUUAGUAGUGGCAGUCAAGUCGGCGGAAUGUGCAACAAUAACAACAGCAGCAGCAACUCAGGUCGACAGAGAAAGAGCACAGCGGUGGCUUCAACAUCCACUGCCUGUGUCACCGUCGGAGACAGUGAUGGCGAAAACGACCGUCGCAACACGCCCAAGCAUCAAACGAUCAAGUACGAACAGCAUGCCGGCCAAUCGCAAAAGAAACGUCUCUUGGCGAUGGCCCAGAACGAGUGUCUUCUCUCGUCCUCCUCCUCGUCCAACGGCGGCAAUCAGCUGCACGUGCCCAAACAAGAACCAACGGAAUUCAUCGCCUACGAGUACCCACAGCAACCUUCGUCGAUGAUCGACAAGCGGUCCUCGUGGGCACCCCCGUCGUCUUCGUCCCACUACGGUGGAGGUAGCAGUAGCAGCGGCGGUCACAAGCGGGAAUCUUCGGCCUACAUGCCUUCGUCUUCGUCGUCAUCGUCGGUGGCAGCGGCCGUUGUUAACCAGAGCUCAGCGGGCGGAUUGGCGGUGGCACCACCACACGCCCACGCUAACAAUACUCCAACCGGGGGAAGUUCGUCGUGGGGAGCUCCGGCCGUGUACCGGCAGCAUCAGCAAAGCUCCAAUACUCCUCUGGGUAGUUCGCCGGGAGCGAUUCUGCAGCAACAGGACAUCUACGCUCAGGGUGACAUCUACCGGCGGUCGGCGGUAUUUGUUUCCCAGGCACCGUACCAAACGUACAACCGGGUCGUACCACCGCCGGCGCAUAACGCUUCCAGCCGACAGGUUCUUCCAACGCAUCCGCUUCCGGCGCACAUCCAGUUCCCGACGCAGUACGGCCAGUUUGGGCCGCUCAGUCCGGCUCAGAUUGCGAACAAACACUACGCAUGGUUCGGGGAAUAGGUUUUCCAUGUGCUGCUGCUGACCCUAUGCAUAUAGGUCGAUCGCAUAGAGGUGGCCAUCAAUUAUCGUGCGGGGCCACCAGUCAUCGAUGCCACAUAGGGCUGAUAAGAUUUUUAUUUUGGAAUCAUCAGAUUAUUUUCAGUUCUCGUCUUUGUUUUGGAGGUAGGACUCAAGAGGCCUUCAUUUUGUAUAUAUUCUUGCUGGAAGCAGAAACAAGAAAAAAAUUAGACCAGGAAGUUGAGCCUAUGCACUGUAAGGUAUAGGUUGUGGAAAUUAAUAUCCUAGCACAGAGUUGUGAAUGUGCAUUUUCAAAAAAGGUGUGAGUUUUUUCAACGUUCAAUAAUGGUAACCCACAAGAUACAUGCGCAGCGCACUAAGAGGAAGAGUAGAAUCCGAGCAUUGUCAUCCAAUGUUCAAAUGGACAUCAUCACCCUCGUUUCUGGAAAAGUUACUCUACCAAAUAGUGAGGACAAAAAUAGUAAGUUUUAACCUAGUGUUUCUGCAUCAUUCUUAAUAGUGAAUUACAUGGCUUAUUAUCUAUAAACUCACACAUACACAACAACAACAAAAACAAUAACCCACGCAAUUUUGAAAGAUGUGGAUAUCAAUCAAAGAUUGAUGUAAUAAAGCAGCAAUCCACACGUGUUUCGCGGCAGCAUGUUGGAGAAAGGGUUAUCUUCAAAAUAAUCGAAUCAGUAUAUAGUAGCUGCGCAAAGGUUUAGAGGUCCGUUCAAAUAAUUGUGGGAAAAAUUAAUACAACGUUCUUGAAUGUGAUUUGUUUAUUUUAUCUAAAACUUAGAUAUAGGAUAAAGUUACUAAACAAAAUUGUUCUAAAAAAUUCAUUGCUUAAACAAUUCGAGUGUGUAUGUGAUAAGUGAGGAACUAGAUCAGUUAGUAAACGAUAAUAAAUUGCUUCGAUAGGUUUCUGGAGUAGUAAAACAAUCAGAUUUUUCUCACAGUCGAUCCCGAAUGAAGAUCUCAGAAAGGGAAGGAAGGCAGUAAAGCCACUGGGAAAAUCGAAAGGAGAUGUUUUCCUUUUUACUUAUCUAAUACAAAAUUAAUGAACAGUAAAAUGUUGUAAGAACGCAGCAUUAGGUCGAAAACCUGAAGAAACUUAAGUCUUUCACGAAAAAAAAAAAAAUCUUACAGAGAAACAAAGCUAAACGAAUGCAUUCUAUUCACACAAAAAUAGUUUUAAAAAACAAAUUAAAACUGGGAAACAUCUUCGAUCGAUUUUGAACGAAAUGAUCGCUAUCGAAGCAAACUCACUCCCCCACAAAGCUAAGAAAAAGAAGAGCAAAAGCUACAACUGCUACUAGUGUAUCAUUGGUAUUUUUUGUCUACUGAAUUCGGUAGGAUUAUUUGUAAUUCAAUACCUUAACAGGCGAGCAUAACAGCAACAACAGCUGGUACUGCAACAGAAGCGCGAUUUUUCAUCUAACGGAUUCCCUCUUCGCUCCACUAUGCAACAAAGAAAUAGAGACACACGUGUUUACUGUAAAUAGUUAGUCGUUAGAAAACAAAUAAUCGUGAACCCCCGCCCUAGAAUUAUAAAAGAAAAAAAGGGGAAUCCCACAAUUUGAUAUCAAGUAACAACAGAAACACACAAUGCAUAUUUACUAUUUCUAGUUUGAAUAAUUCGCGGGUAUACAUUAAAGGCAGAGAGUUUAGGCAAAAUUUGGCAUAAUUCUGAAACAGCAUCAACUGUGUGUUUGUGUAUUUGUAAGUAGUAGCUAGUUUAGCAACUGCGGCGGCUGAUGGAAAACGGUCAUUUACUGGAUACAAUAAUACAAUACAUACAUAUAUAUUUUUGUGCAUAUUUUAUAUUUAUACAUAUAUCUGUAGCAAACAAACGAAACUUAUAAUAAACCUUCAAACACACAAAAGAAAACAAGUGGGGAGGACUUUAGAACCCUAGAUUUGAAAUUCAAUAAUUUUGCGUUGAGUCUAAUGUUUAUCACGUGGGUGCUUCAAGUCUGCAACUUGCUACGAUUUUUGCGUGUUACUUCUGAUUUUGUUGAACUCUGGGUACUGGUAAAAGCUAGUUCGAUUAGAUUGUCGACAUCAGUCAACACCAAACAGACGUGUAACUCAAUUUUUGAAGCGUUUGGUGAGAUUUUCCUAGCGAAAAUCCGACGUUCCCCAAGGUAGCAUCCUGAGUCCAAUUGUUUUCCUCAAGCUUACAAUAUGACUUAAACACAUCAAUUGACAUUUCUUUUCUUUAUUUUUCUGACGGUUUCGGGUUCUACCACGAUGGAGGAUGUCUGGUUGAUAAAACAUCAAUUUGAACAGUCAUGUUGGGGUUGUUUGUAAGCGCAGAUCAUCUGGAGUUCAUGAGGUACCCGUUUGGUCUGAAAAAUACCCCUGAUAGUUUCCAAAGGAUGAUGAGCAUUUUUGAGGGAUCCAGUUUUAUCCACUAUUUCUAGGUUCUUGGAAUAGGUAUGUUCGCCAGCAUCAGACAUCUGUGAUCGUAUACAGAAUGGCACUUAUUCUGCGCUGCGCGUGAGGUGACGACAGUCGAGUCACCUUUUCGUCAUGGGACUUUCGAUACUCGAUGUAAGUAAAGUCUCAGAAGUUCAUUCCCAAAAGUUCAUCCGAAGUGACAUUCAUCACUUAAAGCGACUCCUGGAAUCGAGUGACUCGAUUAUCGUCAGAGCACGCGUGGCGCAGAACAAGGGUCAAUGCUUAUGAAUGAUUCUCUAAGGAAAAUUAAGGAAGAAGAAAUUCUAAAAUGCAUGACGUCAGAAACAUUCAUGUUGCUUUCAACGGUCUUUUAGCUUCAAAUCUCAGACCCUCUAGCUUUCUCCACUGUUUGGUACAGGUCAUUGUGAAUUCAAAGCGUACCAGUUUGACUUAAAAUGUAUCUUUAAAAGUUUGAUUUCAGGUUUUUUUUCCACAAGCUAGCAACAAUGAUUACGAGUUCACAAGAGUUCAAAAAAUUGUUUCUAAAACCUUGGAUUUCAGGUCGAAUUUUGCAACACUAUAAAAAACGUGUUGCUCAUAGCACACCUGUGACUUCAUAUCGUAUUUUGAACCAUUUCCACUUUCAUUAGCCGAAAUAGGUCAUUUCGAUUAUAGAAGUUACCCUUUUGGACUUAACAAUCUCUCGCAGAAGGUUGAAUUUCAGGUCAGUUUCCAUGAAAUUUAUAAGGAGAAUGUUGCUUUCAUCAGUCCUUUGGCUUCAUACCGCGUUAAAAACCCUGUUGCCUUUUCCAUUAGAAGGACUAGGAUCUCGGAGUUCAUACCUUACCCGUUUGGUAUAAAAAUAACCCCUGAAAACUUCCAACGAAUGAUGGACAUUUUUAAGAGUUAUUUUUUUUAACUCCGUCGAUUUCAGACUAGUUUGUAGGGGUCUUUCCAGAAGACUCGAGAGACGGCUCUAACCGUAUUUUGGACCCUCUCGUCUCUUCCCUUGUUAGGCGUAAGUCACUGCAAGUUUAUUAAAUACCGUUUGGCCUAAAAUUUUCUCCUGAUUGCUUCCAACGGAUGAUGGGUAUUGGAAGGCCUCGAAGCUCUCGUCAGUAAAAGUGACCUGGCAACUGAGUUGUUUUUUAUAACAGAACGUAAAUAAAUAAGAAAGCUUUUGUUUUCAUGCAUUACCUUUAAAAUAUUGUUUGAGGAUAUUUAGAAUACAAAUACAGUCCUGUGGCUUCAGAUCGCGUGUUGAACCAUCUCCACUUUCAUUAGCCGACAUAGGUCAUUUCGAUUUUAGAGGUUACCCUUUUGGUCUAAAAAUUACUCGCAGAAGCUUGAAUUUUGGGUCAGAUUUCAUGAAAUGUAUAAGGGGAAUGUUGCUUUCAGUAGUCCACAUAAAAAACUUUGUUGCCUUCUCCAUUAGAAGGACUAGGGUCUCGGAGUUCACACAUUAGCCGUUUGGCUUAAAAAUAACCUCUGAAAACUUACAACGAAUGAUGAACAUUUUUAAGAGUUAUUAUUUUUAACUCUGUUGAUUUCAGACGAGUUUGCAAAGGUCUUUCCAGAAGACUCUAGAUACGGUUCAUACCGAAUUUUGAACCAUUUCGUCUUUUCUCUUGUUUGGUGUAGGGUGCUUCAAGUUUAUUGAAUACCUUUUGGCCUAAAAUUUACUCCUGACAGCUUCCAACGGAUGAUGGGUGUUGGAAGGCCUCGAAGCUCUCGUCAGUAAAAGUGAUCUGACAACUGAGUUGCUUUCAUUACAGGCCGUCAAUGAAUAAGAAAAGUUUUGUUUUCUUGCACUACCUUUAGAAUAUUGUUUAAGGAUAUUUAGAAUACUAAUGGACCCAGGGUACUUCCUUGAGGAACACUCUACGGACUGAUAAAUUUCAAUGAGUCAGAGGUUCCAAAACCAUUCGAUCGUCGAUAUUUACAGUCAGCAAGUCAGUCUUUAUUAGUGCCCAGUCUUUACUUGUGUCAACAAGCGCCUUAUAAAUAUUUUAAAAAUUAUUAUAAAUUCGCCUCUGGUAGGCCUACGAUCAGAAUCUAACCUAAAUCAAACUUCCAUGCUUAUAGUUUUGAUUUGUUUUGAAGUAAACUCAAAUUUAUAAAGAAUCAAAUACAAAUCGAAAACGGCAAGUAAUAAUGAAAGCCAGCCCGGAGUUGGUUGUUAAGAUUAGUCGGCUGGUCACCUGAUAGUAGGAUAAUUAUCGGCAAAUCUUUUUGGUCGUCGUCGUCGUCGUGUGUCUAAUGGCUAUUUAUUCUUCUAGAGUUGCGAACACACUUAUACACAACAAAAACUCUCACCUAGGAAACCAUUUAAAUACUUUUUAUGAAACUAAUGGGGUUGAAGAAAAAUUAUGGUAGAAAUCACCCACACAUUUUAUUAGCAACAAACUACAAAUCGUCGUUGGUUCGAAUGUUGGUGAAUAUCGCAACAAAUAAUACAAGUAAAGGAAAACUCACACACAGACAAAAGUAAAAAAAAAAUACACGAAAUACAUAUUGCCUUAUUCAGAUAUAAAUUAAUAUAUGAUGAAGAUGAAAAAGAAAAGAUACAAACAAACAAUACAUUUAUGGUAUAUAUAACUUAAACAAAAAUCUGGUUAUUGAAAUUGAAGAAAUUAAGGAGACAAACUUAUAAUGGGGUGAAUAUAAUAUGAUAAAACACACUCACAUACGCAAAGUGUAGCAGAGAGUAUAGGUACUUUAUAUUAUUCUUAUAUGAGUGUGUAAUUUUGACGAGUAAACGCAAACCAAGCUUAUCCGUAGUUUUGAGGUAUAUAUCCAUAUUAAACACAGCAAAGUGGUACAUUGAAAAAAACUUUCUUUUAACGAUACAAGAAAAUAACAACAAAUCGUUCGCAGAUAUACCCAUAAGUAGGAGUAGUUUUUUUAAUAACGCGAUUACACACUAUAAAAGGCUAAGUUAUCUAUGUGAUUUAUUUUUUACUUCUCCGGGGUUGUAACAAUAUAAUCAAACUGUUAGGAAACGGAAAUAGUAAUUCGGAAAAAGAUUAACCUUAGAUUCGAUAAGUUAGUUCUGGCAACACUGGCUGGUGUUUGCCUUUUUUUUCCUUUUUAUUAGGGGAGUACGUGUAAUUUUGUAUGAGGGAAAAUUUAUAUCGAUCCGUUCGUUUCAGCUACGUAUAUUAGUCCUAGGUUGUUAUCGUUUAUCUUUCUUUGGUCUCUUGGAACAAUCAAAAUAAACCUUGAAGUUGUGUGAUUUUCUUCAUUCAACAAACCCAACAACAAUACACAACUCACAGUCAGACAUCCCCACUUAAAAAAUAACACAAACACAAACAAAGAAGCAAACAGCAAUUUGCUGAUUCAAUCAAUUUAGUGAGACUGGAAAUUUCUAUACAAACCAUAUAUUAAUCUAUUAUUAAAAGUCUAAAACAACUACUAGUACUAUCACUACUACUACUAUUAAAACUGGUUAGUUUUUUAUGUCAACUCUUCUUACUGAACGCGGUAAACACUGGUAUAAAACAGUCUUAUAAUAUCAAAGGAAAAAACAGUAACAUUACACAGAGCUAUUGUAGAAAAGUUUUAUUCACUCGUCUAGCUUUUUAUAAAUAUAAUAAAUAAGACACAUCCACUUUGAGAACGUUAGUUAGCAUUUUGCGUCUGUUGGUUCUGUAAUUUGUAAUUUUGACGGAAAAUGAAUCAAUUGAUACGUUUCAAAAAAGAAAAAACGCAACAGAGAUUAGCACUAGUAGCUGUUACUUUUCCCCGGAUCUUCAUUCAAGGUAAUGUUGUAUGGAAAUUUUUUGUCAUCCUGUAACAAUAAUUAUAAUAAUAAUUUUACACGCAAGUCAAUAAUUUUUAUCUGUACAAAGCAACGUAUGUUUAGUGAGAGGACUUUUUGUUUUUUUUUGCUCUUUUAUUAUCUAGUUUUACGGAUGAUGUCGUCGACAAUUAUUUAGCAGAACCACUACAACUACUACUAUUAAUACAAUUACUACAAUAAACCACACAUAACAUAUUUGUUAGUAGCUCCAAUCCUGUGCAAAGGAGUUUUUUUUUUCCUUUUUUAUUCAGUUCUUAUAUCAACAGAAACGUACUUUAGAGGGAGAUUUUUCCUUUCUACACACGUGGAUAUCGUUUUUUUUUGUAAUAACAUUUAAUAAUCAAGAGAAAAAUCAAAGAGAAUAACUUGAACUAACAAAACAAACUAAUGGCUAGAGGGGUAAAACAAUAAUAAUUAUUAUCACAUACAAGCAAGCAAGCAAGCAAACAAACAUAUAGAUACAUCUAGCCUGUGGAGAUAGACUGACCAAGGGGGGUAAUUUGUAAUUAUUAGGUAACUAUCGAUUAGUGAUUCUGUUUUAAAGAUUUUCCUUAGUGAUUUUUGUUCUUUGCGUUUUAUUCUUAGAUCGGUACGUAGUUUAGUUGUGUACUUUUUUUGUCCGUUAAAUUCUAACGAAAAAACAAACAAACACGCAAAUUUCACUAACGACUAACAGUUUAAAUACAAAAAUACAAACUAGUAAAAACAAACAAACUCUUACAAUUAAUCCAAUCUUAGGUAUGUGUACUGUCGUUUAGUUAGUUUUUUCCUUAAUUUUUUCUCGUCACUUUUCCCCAACUUGUGCGUGUUUGGUUAUAUUAAUUCCUGGAAGCUUUAUAUUAGUAGUAGUCACCUUUGCGUUGUGACACCAAUCGAUUGGGUUUAUAAAUAUACCUACGUAUAUAUAUUUUUUAAAACAAAUUAAUUGCUGAUUCAACAAUACGCCUUAUUCGUAAUUUAAAAAAAGGAAAACAAAUGCUUAGAGGACUAUGUGUAUGUAUCAAGAUAUAUUGAAAACAACAAAUGAGAAACAUAAAAAAAAACUGCGGACCCGAUCCCAUGUGUAUGAUUAUAAAUUUUAUAUGAUUAUUAUUAUUACAGCAACUAUGAUUAUGGUUAUAUUAUAAUUAUAAAAUCAAACCGAUAAACUACUAUACAUACUGGAUUAUGGCAGAGAGAAAGGAAAAUGAUUAAGAAAAAUGCUAGAAGAGAAAAAAACAAUUGAAGCCAAGCCGCCGAAAACGGAAUAAAUCAAAUUGUAAAAAUUAUGAUUUCUUGUGUUUGUGUGUUUUUAUUUUUAAGUCUUUUUAGUUUGUAAGAUGUUCGUUUUAUCACAGUCCUUUGGUUCAUUUCUUUUCAUUUCUUUGUUGUAUAUUUUUCAUGUUCUAAGCUUUUCUUUGUAUCAAUUGUUCAUUUUUAUCCACUGCAAUGAUGACGAACCUCAGUGAUUUCUUGCGAUAAGAAAUAAUAACUGAUGGUUUUGUUUGUGUUUCAACACGAUAUCCACAUUUUACAUUGUGGAAGCCCCUUUCACGUCAUCAGAGCAUGUUGAAGACUUCAUGAUAAAAAAAAAACUAUGUGUACUGGGCUAAUCGUAAUAAAAUGACGAUAUUUUGUUGAAAAAUCGGAUAACUAAAUCAACUCCAGGUUUCUGACAUAUACAAUUUCGCUUUCACCAUCGUUGAAGUCUUUUGUUCAAUUUUAUCACCCACAUCAGUAUUUUCUUUAAAAAAGUUAUAUGCGUUUUAUCCUUUUUUAAAAGUCCUAAAUUUGGAUACAUUUAGUGGCAUUCUUUAAUCAUUGGGUUUUUUUUAGCUCUGCGCCUCCUUUAGACAAUUUUUGUAUAACUGACAAUCUAACAAUUUAAUCGAACAUUCUGGACUUCACUUGAUGGAAUCUGAUAGCUGAGAUAGUUUCCUAAGCUAGCCUUAAGCUUCCUCAAGAUGUCUUUAAUUGAGGAUUUAUUGAGACAAGUCCAUGAUGGUACUGAGGAAGGCGUGCUUUGAAUUCUUCAGUAAGGACUCCACUUCGCAGGACUUCGAUAGGCCUGGAAGUCUUUUUCGUAACUACAUCAAUUGUGGGCAUUCCACGUUAGUCUAUGGAACGUCAAAGAUGAAGACCGAGAAGCUUAAGCGUCGUUCCGUGGAAACUGGCGCAAAGCACAUGUGAGGAAGCAUGAUUGUAGUACGUCACCCAUGUUUGUACUCCGUAUUCGAAAGUGCUGAGCUCAAGAACCCACUCAAGAGCUUUUAUACUUAAGAAGUCGGUAAAAACUCAUGUUUCGUUGUAGAAAGCCAAGAAUCCCAAAGCCUUUAGUGUUUGUUGUGGAGAUGACAGUGAUGUCCUUUUUAUGAGCAUUCAACCCGCAACUUUUCUGAUUCAAUAAGGCCGGAACAAAUUUCAAAUUCUUCUUUUGUCACUCCGCCCCUUCUUAAGUGUGCGCAGGUCGUCCUCGAGCAAUAUCCACGUCUCGUAUCCGUAGAGGACAACCAGUCUAAUAAGCGUCAUGUACAGGUUACAAUUCGUGUAAGGGCUAAGACUUCUCGAUCGCAUUUGCUUAUGUAGUCGAGAGUAGGCACGACUUCCGCUGAUCAUUUUCCGUCGGAUCUCACGGCUGGUGUCAUUGCCUGCGAUGACCAGUGAGCCCACAUUUCGCCCACUGCUCGUCGAAUAACAGCUUCUAGCGGAUUCGAAGCCCCUUGCGUGAAUCGAAUGAACUCAACAAUUCACCCGAAAUCCGCACAAGCACUGCGUCCACCGUCGCCUUGAUCAGUCUUGUCAGCUUUCCGGAAAAAUAGUUCUCGACCAUGAUUUUUCAUUGCUCGUCACGGUCGAUCGUGUCGUAUGCGGCUUUGAAGUCGAUGAAAAGAUUGUUCGUAGGGACUUGCUGUCCGAGGCGUUUUUGGGAAAUUGGCCGUAGUGUGGAGAUCUCGUCCGCCGUAGACCGUCCCUCCAUGAAGCCGGCCUGAUUACUUCCCACGAAUCUGUUUGCUUGUGGCGUUAGGCGGCGAUGUAGGAUUCAGGACAGCACUUUGUAGGCGAUAUUUAGGUCAGUGAUCGCUCAGUUGUCCAAUUUGUCGCCCUUCUGGUAGAUGAGGCAUAUUACCCCUUCCUUCCACUCCUCCGGUAGCUGUUCUGUGUCCCAGAUCCGGACAAUCAACCGGUGUAGGCAGUCGGCCAACUUGUCUGGGCCAAUUUUGAAAAGUUCUUCAGCGAUCCAGCCGACUUUUUGCUACUCAGCUUGCGAAUGGCCUUCAUUCAUCGUUGUGGAUGGCCAAUCAACGUCGUUUGCUACGCCGGCGGUGCAUCUUUCCUUGCCGUCUUGGUCUCCUGCAUGUGCGCCGUUCAGGUGUUCAUCGAAGGGCUGUUAAAAUCCUAGAAAAAGAAAAAAAAACAUCGAAGCCCCACCACCCUUUGAUCACUGCACGAUUGUCCGUUCGGAUGCCUCCGUCUUUAUCCCGGCACAUUUCGGCUUGCGGCACGAAACCUUUGCGGGAUGCGUUGAGCUUGUGAUAGAACUUUCGUGUUUCCGAGGAACGAUGCAGCUCUUCCGAUGUCGGUGAUUUCCCACGUUUCGACGAAGCUUCUCUGCACUACUGUCGCCCGCGCAGCGUUCUCUUCGUCCAUCAUCCUCCUUCAACCCUCGUUAAUCCAGUCGUUCCGUCGAGUUUGAUACCCAUGCCCGAUGACGUUCUCCGGAACGCUGUUGAUGGCUAUCUUGAUGAUAUCCCAACAGGGUUCGAGAGGGGCUUCGUCAAGAUCGCCCCUUGCCGACAAUGCUGCUUCGAGCGAUUAAGCAUAGUCUGCUGCGACCUCAAGUUACUACAGUCGUGCGAAAUUUAAUCGAAGCGGACGUCGGUUUCGUUUGUUGCUCAUACGGAGAGAUUUGGGCACAUCUCCACCAUCGCCGAAUAGUGGUCUGACUCGAUGUUGGCGCCUCGACAGGAUCUGACGUUGAUAAUGUCCGAGAAAUUCUAGCUGUCUAUCAAAACGUGGUAAAUCUGUGAAUGCGUUUGGUACGGUGAUCUCCAGGUGUACUGAAGUCGGAGCAGUGCUGGAAGAAGACACUAUGUACGGCUAUUCAUUUGGAGGCGCCGAAAUCUAUAUGUCUUAGGCCGUUUUCAUUGGUCAACUGGUGUGCGCAGAACCUUCCAAUUGUCGGUUUAAAUUCCUCCUCCUGGCCAACCUUGUGUUUAUUUAGGUUGUCUUUGGUUGGAGUACCGUACAGACUAUAACUUAAAAACUAUGAAUAACUGCUUAAUCCUAAUGUAAAUUUACGAUUUCACAUAUCAAAAUUAAAAAGUUGGUACACAAAGGUAUCCAGAGGUACUGACGUUGUCGUAGUGACUUCGUGGAUAUGUGAGGGUUGACACGUUCCAAGCUGAGUCAACACGAUUAGUUAAGACAUCAAAAACAAAUCCUUGCUGUAGCGCUUAAAAAAAUAAAAAAGGCGCUACAACAAGCAUUUGUUUUUUUCAUGUCGCGCUACACGAUUAGUUAGUGUUGUAGCGCGGUACGACGCCGCUUUUCAAGAGGAGCAAUACUCAUCAGAGCACACCUUUGCUCGUACAGCGGAAAUCGAAGUGGUUCAUUCAAAGGAAGGCGCCGGAGAGCGUACCUAACGAAGCUUCGCUGGACACGUUCAAGUCGGUAGCAGUGUGUACGCUCAUACCUGAGCGGCGUAUUCAGCAUAGACGUCGUCGAAAUCUUUUGUGCUAUGACGCAAAAAUCCUAAUGCAGCUGUUCCCUUCGCAGACGUGAGCGCGAUGUAUUCAGCGAAUGCUAGUUUGUUGUCAAUUUUCACUCCCAGGUCGAGAAUGAACUUGACAUUCUCCAAUGUUGAUCUUGAGAGUUUAUAUUUGAAGUUGAUUGUGUUACGUGCACGAUUGAAAUUGACUAUCUUACAUUUUUUGGAGUUUGACGUCAUUCCAUUUGAGUGGCACCAGUCUUGUAUUCUGCCGAUGUUGUUUUGUAAGGCAAGACAGUCAACAUCACUGAUAAUCAUCCUAAACAGCUUCAGGUCAUCAACAUAAAGCAGAGUGUUGAAUUCAAAAGUUUUACAUAGGUCAUUCACGGAAACUAUGAACAGAAGGGGUCCAAGGUGACUUCCCUGCGGUACUCCAGAUGGGGUGUCGAAAGUUCGUGAUCGUGAAUUUCUAAUUUUCAAGAAAGCUUGUCGGUGCGAUAGAUACGAGGCAAUCCAAUCAAGUGACCAAGCUUUAAAAUCUAUGCGAUCCAUCUUUGCAAGAAGAAUUCUGUGCGGGACACGGUCAAACGCUUUUACAAAGUCAUUAUAGACUGAAUCCACUUGACAAUCUUUCUUUAGACUAUUACUCAGGAAACUAACGUAACACAUAAAAUUCGUCACCGUAGGCCGUUUCUUUAUGAGCCCACGCUGAGACUCUAAGGUGAGAGGUUUUAUAGCAGCAUACAAUCGCUUUAAAACUUCAAAAAAUUUUGAAUUGAAUUCAGAAUUGAGAUUGGGCAGUAGUUUUUGACGUAAUGAGCAUUGCCUGACUUAUAAAUCGGAGAAAUUACUGUGACCUUCCAAGCACUAGGAAACGUCCUUUCAUUAAGUGAUCGAUUUAAGAUCGGCUAUCACCCGUUCAUACGCUCCUGCAUUUUCCCAUCACUAUAAAAGCUGUUCUAAGCUCGUGUGUGUUGCCGCAGCUCUGGUAGAUGCUAUGAACAUCUCGGAACGCACGUACCGUGGAGCCCUUCCAGCAUACCUCCUGCAGCGCUAACACGUCGAAUUUGUGGCUCUUCAAUUCGUUGGAGAUCACGUGAGUACUCCCAUGAAAUUUAAAGAUGGGCAGUUUCAUAAAGUCUCAGUUGACUCCUCUAAGAUAUCGCAGGUGUAAUUAACAAUUUGAAAUGUGGCAAGUACGCGUUGCCCAGUCGUACGGAAUAAAGUUCCGCCAACGGGAUAUGACGUAAUGUACUCUACAUAAACAGCAUCGAUUUAUUGAAGUUACCAACUCAGAAACAUACGUACCAUUACUGUAAAUUCACCAGAUCAUGAUUUCGGAUUCUUCGGGUUAAACUUGCGGCACACUUCGGUUGUAAAAUUUGCAGUGCUCAGAGCAGAAAAUUGUCUCUGUCUUUGCUGCACCUGGGAAAAAUAAAGAUCACACGUUCAAUCGAUUUCACCGAAUCUACGCAUCUACGCAAGGUACUGUUUUAAUCACCAAUACUCUAGCGUGCGUUAAGCGAUUGAAGAAAACGAUAUGCCCUGGCCUCCUGCAAAGCAAUUCGGGUGUUAAGAACAUGAAAUUUUCUGCCAACUCGGAAAGUCGGCUCUGUCCGUGCACUGUCUUGUGACCAUAUACUUGAUAUUUCGAGGACCUUGAACCAUGAUGAUUACAAAUAACAGCAAUUUGAAUAGUAGUCAAAGCAGAACACUCUCAUACAGAAGACAAAGUACCGUAAUCCGGGGUAAGAUUGAUCACUUUUUUCAAUGUUUUUCGAUUAUUUUUUUCUAUUAGGAGGAAUAAGGCAUGCUUCGUAUUUUUAAAACCAGUACUGGACUCCUAUGAACGUAAAACAUGGUUACAGAAAUUUAUAAGAUCAUUUUAAAUUUGAUUUAAAAAUCGAUUUUCGUCUCAGUUCAGAAUUUGCUGCUUUGGGGUAACAUUGAUCAGUCUCUAUUUUGACGGUUUUAUCGAGUUUUCUUGAUCAUAAAAAAUACAAAACACGUUCAUAAUAUUUACAAAUUCAAGUUUAUCAAUUUUUUCUUGCUUUUAAACGUUUUCUUUUAAAAACAUUUAUAAUCGAAAAAAGCACAAUUAUGCUGCAUCCAUUUAGGGGCAAAAAUUAUAACAAUAGCUUAAUAGUUUUAGCUUAAAAAUACAAUUGAAAUUUUACCUUCACACAUUCUUCUAGGCUCUCCCAGUAUUUCCAUUUUCAUUUUUUCUUUAAAGUUAACCACUGGAUAGGCUUCCUAUCCAUUUUUCCAAUACGGGCUUACUCUUGGAAAAUGUCCUUAUUUUUUUAACAUAACAAAUUUAUCAUUAAAAAAAAUUAAAUGACUAUAAAAAUAGAACUAUAACAAUACAUAUACAAAGAAAAAAAGUUGUUCUUUCUUAUUCAACAACCCGUUUGCUUCUAAAUGCUUUUUGGUAUCAUAAGGAGAGCUGUUUGUUUGCGAGCCUUGAAAAAAUUAGAUAUUUCAAGAUUUUCAAAUUACAUUUUUACUAACAGAAAAAGCUUUUGACUACUAACCAAAUUUUGCCAAUUUGAUACUCAAUUAAUAGGUUUCCAAACGAAGAAAACAUUUUUCAAAAAUUCAAACUGAGUUAUUUAUGAUAAUGUGGAAAAAUGUAUCGCUGGUCAAAGUUACCCCGGUGAUCAAAGUUACCCCGUUUUACGGUACUCUUUUUUGGAUAAUUUUAAAAGAAAAAAAAAGGAACUUCUAAUAACUUGAGUUAGGACAUCAAUGCUUAACAUUGGUGUCUUCUCAGGUUAAUACAGAACUAGGAUCAAUGUCAAACAACUGAUAAGACAAAAAUACCUACAUUGAUCACGCAGUAAAAUUUAUUGUAAUAUUAGCCCUAUUUGGAAUGAAAAUAAUAAAAAUUUUGGUUGGGAAAAAGCAGAAAUAUAUUUUUGUUUAUAUCGAUAAAAAAGACUACUUGGAAUUGAACUUAUCGUUUUUUUAGAGUUAUAUGGGCCCUUUUUAAAAAUGAACCAUAGUUUUGCAAUGAAAAUAAUAAAAUUUUGGGUAAAAUAGAAAAAAAUAAGUUUCGAAAGAAAAUUAAUAUAAGUGGAUCAAAAACACAAUUGAAAUUUGAUUUGCAACGAUUCAAUGUAUUUCAUGUAAAUUGAAUAAAAAAUGUUAGUUGUGAUAUUUUUAAAUUCGGAUUAUCAUACAAAUACGGAUGUUUCUCAUUUUAUUAAUAUUUAAAACGGGGUUUUACCACAGACUGAUAUAUUAGUCUGUGGUUUUACUACCAGUCAUUGAUUCGUCCGCCUGGCUUUUGGCAAUAUAAUCGAAAACCGGCGAUGUUGCUAGUGGAAAGGCCAACUCUGAAAGGACCUAUUCGCUUCUUGAGUCAGCUAUCGAGAAUUACCGUCCAUGCCGGAUCGACGGACUAAGUCCUAUGAAGUUGGAGGUCGGAGUCAUCUGAAAAAUAAAUUAUAUUCAAGGACAUUUUACUAAAUAAAUUUGCUUUCGAUUUUGAUUUAAAAAUUAACAAACCUUUUAUGCAACAAAAUGCGGAUAAAAAGAUCCAUUCGGGAUCAGAUCCAAAGAGGUAGAUUGGUAACUCCAUCAAAAGGGAACCAGCCGCUCUUUCUAUCGCUCAAAAAGUCGGACUGUAUUCCGUCACGCACCCACAAGGAACACGUACCCCUUCGCGCCGGGUUCCGAACACUCUAAAACCGGAAGAUUUUGAGCAGCAGCAUCUGCCACAAUGUAUCCCAUUUUCGUAACAGCGUGUUCCAAAUGCUUCCAUUUUCCAAUCUUGGAAAUUUGAAUCUCGGUUCCGGGUUUCUCGGUGACAUGGCCCAGCAAAAACUGUUAUCCGACUUUGUGUCACAAAUCUCUUCGGCCAUCCUUAUGCUGUUUUGUUCUGUCAGGUGCUCAAAUUUUUUGAUAUUUUUUUUCUUUUUGCAUUUUUCGACUUAUCGUUUACACGUAUAAUAAAAAAACGAAUUUCGGUUUCAAAUUAAACCAAAUUUUAUUUUUAAGUGAUAAAAAAUGUGUGUGCAUAAAUAACAAAAUUUUGUUAUUAUUUACAAUCGAUUUUUCUGUGAAUGUUAUUAAAAAAUCUGCAUUGAAAAUAUAAAAUAAAGUAACAAAACGUUUUGUUGAAAUCAUACCCCAUUCUUUUUCUGCGUGAUAGAAAUCGCUAGUACAACUGACUUUUCUUGUGUAUGCACCAUUCGAUAAGGUUUGUGGUGAGGGACCACAUUGGCAGAUUUUGCCACUGCGUAAUUUCUAGCAUUCCUCCUUUAGUUCGUGCUGGUUUUCCAUCCUACCUAUUUAAGGGUCUGGAACCGAUUGUCCGACGUAUAGGUCCGAAAUAAAAGAUCUCCUCUGCGGGUGAUCCGGAGCCUUCACUUGCUGCCAACAGAUCCUAUCGGCUUCCCUUAAAUUUUGGCGACAUCACACUAGCGCCAAAAAAGGAUUAAGGGGUUGGAAUUCAACCUCUAGUUUAUACACAUUUCACGCACACUCGUGCACUAGUUAUAUUUACAUUUCCGUAAAUGUGUGAGUGUGUGUGAGUGAACUGUCGUUUGAUAUUCAAUGUUUUAGAGCGAUGAUGUGCUUUUACUCAAAGCUUGAAUACAAAGCUGCAAUGCUUGAGAAGAAAGCUGCAAAGCUUAGAUCCCAUCUCGCGGAGCGACAGCCCCAUAGACAUUGUGUUGACGUCGCCAAUGAUUUGUUCGACAGGUUAUCUUGAUACUACGAGAUCUUUGCUGCCAGUCAAUUUGCUUGUCAUCUGUGCGUGGCUUUUAGUCAAAUGUCUCUCCGCAAAUCCGGCACUUCAAUACACCUGCAACAUUCUACAUGGAACGCACAUUAGGUGUUGACUUGAAAGCACGACCUGCGGCGCUAGAGAGAGAUUGUUAACGAGAUUCAAAUAGUGGCUCCAGAGAGUGCCACUAGUAAUGCAACGUUCUGGUGCUAAUUUCCCCUUGGUCGUAAGCCAAGAUUCUACGACCUGAUGGCAUUACGCAUCAAAAAGUCUUUCGGAUCAAUUCCACUAUCUUGACUAGAAGGGCAGAUGAAUAAUACUGAUAGCUUGCAUACAUUUCGUGUCCUAUGGUGUGUAAAAGUAAACAACAAUCAGCUGACUUACGUGAAUUUCACUGGACGCUCAUCGUGUUGAUGUUCUGGACUUGAUUCGUCCCAUGGAUGACGACCAACUUGACGGUCAUCAUUGACCCAGGAAUGGCAGAGACUGCUCGAGCAGCGAACACAGCAACAUUUGGAAUUCCGGACAGCAUCCGAGCGGUUGUGACAGGUAGUCCUCCCAAAUCGACAACGAUUCUUCAAGCUGCAUCCAGGCCAGAAUCGUUCUCCACCGAUAGCCGUCGGUCUCCGUUCCGUGCAGUUUCUGCCCGAAUCGUUUCGUAAAACCUCGACCAGUUCCCAGGAUCGACUACUGUCGAGCACUUAUCAUUCCGGUCUCUUCGAUUCCUUCGAUCACUGCUGAAUCUCCGUCUGGCGCCUUGUCCCGAUGAGUCCCGGCUUUUCCGGAAGUCCUUUUCCGGUUUCCUGAAUACACUCGUCCACUGUCGAACUGCUGCCUGGUGAUUUCGGUUCUUCGAAUGACCUCGAUCACUGUCGAUUUUCUGUUUGUUGACUUCUGUCUUGCCGGGAUCCGAAGUCGCUUCCUUGGACCAUCGUGAUGUCAUUCACUUUUUCUUGAGACAAGAGAAAAGAAGAGGGAAAAAAGUGAAAGAAAAAUGAAAAACAGCCCUGAGUCACAACGUUCGUCAGAGGUUUGAGCUCAACUUCUUCUUCUCGGUACGGUUACCCUUUUCUUAAGAGGCUCUCUGUAAUUUUUUUUUCUGUUUUCCAUUUCUUAUCGGCAAUUUUGUUGGCGCUGUCCAACUGGUUAUCCAGCCUGCUUCGUUUCGCGAGCCUGUCGAUAUUUGCAUGUAUGGGAAUGGAGUAAUUAGUUUUGGUCUCCGGCUUAAUUUUUUGUUUUUCUAACUCACCGGUAUUUCUGCGAGUCCACCAGGUGGUUUGCCCUCUUCUUAUUGCUGACCGUCCUUCUUGACAGUCUGGGAUCAAAUUCUAACCACCUGUUUCAUGUGCGAAAUUAGUUGAAGAUCUUCGAGUUAGUUUUAGUGUUUUAACUCACCCGUGUAUUCGCAGACCUACCACGAAAUUUUCGCUGCCCCUUCUUCGAACAAUUGGUCAUCCUUUUCGACAGUCCUGGGUCGAAAUAAAAACUUCUUACGAAGAUGAAACUUCACAAGCUUUUCACAGCAAAAAACGCAACGCAUUGUUCGUCGUUUUCUUGAUUUUCUUUCUCUUCGUCAAAUUUUCUUGGCGAUGACAGCAGAACGUUUCAUUUUUAUUCAGGUCGAUACACACCAAAACUACACACCGAGCUAAUUGUGUCGUUUUUUUGUGGGUUUGACAGAGUUUGUUUAUUUCGUUUUCAUGUUUUUAUCCGGAUUGGUUUAUAUUCAAAUAUCAAUUUACUAAAUAUAAGCUUUGAAGUUACAAGACGUUUUUCACUUCAAUUUAAGGGCCCUACUACAUAAGACGAGUCGAGUAUCUCGACUCGACUCCAGUCACUGUCGAGACGAGCGAAAUGUUGCAUUACGGUAGUCGAGUGAAACAGCUGAGUCACGAACCUUCAAGCAGUCGACUCGACUCGACUACUGUAAUACCAAAAUGGCUCACUCGAGUAAAAUGACUCGUGACUCGUCUUAUGUAAUAGGGCUCUAAGAAUCGCAAGGCAGACCGUUUUUCAGCCCUUAGUAUCUAUUAGGAACUCUUAGACAGACCGUCGCAUCCAUUUGAAGUAUUUUUCUCGCACGCUUCUUGUUAACUCCCCAGAAAGUAAGAGGUUUUGGAAAAAUUACCGAAAUAAUCCAUUUCGGUAACUUCCAUGUGCUUGCUGUUAUGUGCAGAUUUCGUCAAUCACUUUCAGUCACUCAGCUUCAACGUAGUAAAUUUGGUUUUGUUUGCUUAUUUGGACUCAAAACCUUUUUAAAUCUGUUUGAAUCUGUUUUCUUAUUUAGAUUGUCGAUUCGGGGUUUUAAUUUUUUAUGUUUAGUUAAAUAUUUGACUAAUAUCUGCUUUAAAGUUUGUUUUUAUAUUGGUUCCUUGGUUUACGAUUCAGCAAAACGUCAGUUAUAUUCCCGAAGUCGGUAUAGAUAUUCGUUGAUAGAAAGGCUCAUUUUUCUUUUUUCUCGGGACAAGGGAAAAUUUAGCAGUCUCACACACUUUUCUAAGCACCUUAAACAACAUCAGAAACAGAAGAUAAAUCAAAAUCCCCAUUAGAAACUCUAUGUAAAUAGUGGAUAGGUGGAAGAACGAAGAGAGAAAAAAUACAAGAGAAUUUUAUGGCUGUUUUUAAUGUUAAAUCAAUACUAAACUGAAACAUAAUAAAUAAUAAUGAAUAUGACUAGACUUUUCAGACAAAUAUGAUAAAAACAAAAAGAGGAAAAAAUAAACUAAACUAUGUGAUUGAAUUUAGUGGACGAUAUUUAGAACAGCAGAGUAGUAGGAAUCAAGUUGAAAACAAAAACAAAUAAAAAUAACAAUGAUGCACAAAUCUGUAAUGGAAACUUAUACAUAAUUAAAAGUAAUAAUAAAGAACAAACAAAAAAAACCCUAGUUUAUGUCAAGCAGUAACAGAGAAAAAAACCAAGUUCAUCGUCUAAAGUCUAAAUGUCUAAAUGAAUGAAAACCAAAGUUUAAAACGGAAGAAAAAACACACACACAAAUGCUCUCUCUAUCCUUCUUCACGUUCGUUCUCACAAACACACAUAAGUACAUAAGUAAAAUGAGCAGAGCAAAGCAAAGCAAACCAAAUCACUCACUGUUUAAAUAAAAAAAAACGUUUUGCGCGUGUUGUAAUUUUGAAUUUGCCGUUUUUUGACUUUCACCUGAAAUCUAUCCUACUCAACUAAUCCGUCGAGUGUCCCACAGCAAAAAGAAAAAGAGGGCAGCACUGUUUUCUUUGUAUACGCGUUAGCACCCGAAAACCGGAACCAGAAUAUCGUACUCUUUUUAGAAGUGGCAUACUCCUUCUGUCUUGUCUUGUGUCUUCACCUUCUCAAUGUGUGUGUUUGUCUAGUAGCAAAAUCCGGAUACAAAAAUACGGACAUCUACAAAGAAGUAAACAGUAACAAUUUGAAAGAAGCAUCUAGCUUGACAAAAUUUGCUUGGAAGUUCGUUUUUUACUGACUUAUUGCUUUCAAAGUGCAGCACAUCUUAAAUUGGUCUGCUUUAAACAAUGAUCAUUGAUAGAACUCUCUUUUUUGUAAGUUUUCUUUUCGUAAAGAAUCGAAAAAAUGGCAGAAAAAUCACCAAAACCAACAACUGCUUUCUAUGCAGCUAUUUCUCUCAGUGUGUAACUUUGAGGCUACACGCUAGAAUUUAGUUGACCAUUUAUGUUUGAAAAAUAAUCUUAUUUGACCUUUCUGUAAGAAGUUCGAAUAUGGUAAUUUCACCGUUAUCGGUAUCAUUCUAGAGGUCGAAAAAUGGUUUUUUUCCUCUUCGGUUAACUCCAAAAUGGCAAAGAAAAGUUUUUCAACCGUUUUGUGGUUAAUACACGAGAACUACCAAAAUGGUUAAAAUUCCGCGUAUAAAAAAUCCUUAAAAAAUAACCAUAUUGAUAGAUUUGGAGGGAAACCCAGAAAAUUGUAAUUCUAGAACUAUAAAUGGUUAAUAAAAAAUGAGCGUGUAGCGAGAGGGAAAUUUAUGAACAACAGUUGUCUCAGUGUGUAGCUUUUAGCAUAUUUAGAAAACAAUUGUACCAAAUUCGUUUAUUUGUCUUCUCGAUAUGUUGUUACAAAUGAAAAGGUAAAAUUUACCGAGAAGCAUCCCAUCUUUCUCGGUAAAUUUUACCUUUUUUUUUUAUUUACUUAGCAACAGGGUGAAUUUCCCUUUUUUUAUUCUGUUUUCACAUUGGCGCACGAAUGCAAAACCUGUUUCUCAAUGAAAUAACAGCUCAAACUCGUGGUUUAUUGAUCAAUAAAUGGUUUAAGAAAAUAGUUAUCUUUUUUUCUAGAUGGAUUGUACAGAUUUGUAUAGCUCAUUCCAGGUAAAUUUCACCUCACUACGAGGUAAAAUUCAUCUCGCUACAAGGUUAGUUUUACUUCGAAGAGGUAAGAACCACUUUUUUUGGAUGAACCUUUUUUUGAAUUCUACCUUUUUAUUCUGAUCUAUUCAGGUAAACUUCACCUUGCUACGAGGUCAGAUUUACCGUUUUUAGAUUUACCUUUCUUCAAGGUGAAUUCUACCUUUUUCAUCAGCUCGAUUCAGGUAAAUUUUACCUCUUUUGAGGUGAGUUACACAUCGAGGUAAAAGUUACCUUUUUAGAAUUCACGAGCAUUCACCUUUUGAUCUCGGUAAAUUUUACCUUUUUAUUAUUUUCCGUGUAAGAUUGAGGUUACACACUUGGAAAAAUACCACCUUAGAAAACAGUUGUUUUUGUUGGUGAUUUCUUUUUCACAAAAUAGUUUUCAUUGCUGAAAAUUUUACUAGAAUUUACUCAAUAUUUUCAUUCACACAAGGGAGUUUUACCAAAGCUGUUAGAUUUUCCUAGAUAUGUUAAAUACGAUUUGAAGUAACUAAAAACAACAACACAACAGUAUAAAUCGCAUCCAAACGAAAUCCAUUAGGCGAAAUAAAACAAACAAAACGCUAGAAGACAGAAGCAGUCUAAAUGCACACAUUAUUUUUAAAUGAAAACGUGUUUGUGAUAAUAACUAUAAUAAUUGAUUUCAAUAUGAAAAACAUAAAAUUAAUAGAGAACGAGAUACAAAGAAUUAAACAAGAAAAAAAGCGUUUAGAAAACAAUUGCAGCAGAAAGUAUAUGCAACACAAAUAAAACUAAUACAAAAAUAAUAAUAAUAUAAGUUCUAACAAAACAGAACAAGUAGAAACAAAAAAAAGCAACAUGGAACUAGUUUAGUUUUUAAAGAGAUUAAAUCUCGCCGUUUCAGUAAACAAGAUAGAGUUUAUAUACAAACAAACAACAAAUAACAAUGUAAUAAUUAUGGAUUGGAAAAUAAAUUAUUAUAAUAUCGAGUAGAAGGAAGGGACAAAAUGAACAUAAAAGCUUUUAUAAACAAAUCAGUACAUUUGUAACGACUACGAUAAAUUAGUUUGUAGGAUAAUUUUUGUAUUUCCUGAAAAAAAAAUUCGAUUCAACAGUUCUUCUAAGGUAUGAAGUUGAAAGCUGAGUAAAAUACAGACGAACUUCACUGGUCCAAAACUUAUUCAAUGUAGUAAACUGUUUAGUAGAAAAGGGGAAACGCAAGCAGAAAAAAGGCAAGAAUGAUAAAAUUAAAAAGGUGCAAAGUUGUGCGAGGAGAAGUGGAAAGGAAAUUUCAAUACAAGAAUCUCAUCCCAUCGAAUAACAAAGUGUAACUUUAACUUUCUAUACUUGCAAAUUAAUACAAAAGAAAAAAAAAACUCUAUUGAAUAGCAAACUCUAGGUGAUACCCACACUCUUUUUUAAAACUCUAACCAAACAAAUGCAGAGAAAACAAAAACAAACCAAAACAGUUAAUUUCUAAAUAAAAAGCAAAAAUAGAUUUUCAACAAUAAAACAAAGGAAAAACAAAUCCGUUAAAACGAAACGAAAAUCGACAUCAAAACAGAACCUAGCGGAUAAUAAAUUGUGAAAAAUACAACAGGAAAGUCUGAUUAAUUUUAAUGGAAUAUGCAACAUUAGGAUUAUACCGAUAAAAAAAAAAGAAGAAACAAAAGGUCAAAAAAGCAGCAAAAAAAAAGAAGUUGACAAGGACCCCAAACACUGAAACAAAACAAUGACAACCUUUCAUUCCCCAAACCACAAAUAGUAAAAGAAAAACACCACAAUUUUUGACAUUCAAUACUGUAUUGCGGUAGUGAUUCGUAAUUUAACAGCUUCAGUUUUUGAUUGAUCAGAUUCUAGGAAAGAAAAAAAAUUAAAAAAACAAACAAACUUUGAAGAGCAUGACAGGACAAGCAUAUGAACCAAUAAGUGUUAUCCAAAUUGAAAAAAAAACUAACAAACAAACAAAAUACAAGCAUAACAUCAUAAGCAAAUUUUCUCGUUAAAGAGUUGAAUGAAUGUUUUUACUCCCUUCAGCUUUGAGCGUACGUAACAAAAACAAAAAUUAUAAUGUUCCAACCAAUAGCGAAUAUGUAAAUCAAACAUCGCAGCACUAAUCGACUGUUUUUUUCUUUCUUUCUAAAUAUCUGUGCUCAUUCUAAAGGUAAACCUUUUCAAUUUACCUUUGAUAUUAAAUAAUGAAAAAAAAUCAAAAACUUAUCUUGCUCUCAACAUAAUUGAAAAACUAAAACAGACACAAACAUAAGAGAAAAAAAAACAAUUUUAAUCAAAUCAACAGGGUGUUACUGUAGUUGCUAAAUGUCACACAAACAAAAAUAAACACACAUCACUCACACAAACAAAACAAAAAAGCUAAUUCGUCAAGGUUAGAAUCACUUCGUGAGAACUUUUCGUGUAAAAGCUCGGCAGCAAACAAUGUACAGUCUUUUAUCGUCAUUACCUGAAAACCCCCCUUAAAAGUUGUUAUCAGCAGAAGGUAAACAUGAAAAAAAAAAACACUAA